UUGGGCACAAAUUUAAAAUUGCGAAGACUCUCUCAUCAACGUCCGCCGCGAACGAUGGAGCAACGCCUCCUCGCCGCCGCUGCCGCCGGCAGGAACCAUAAUCAAUUUCCGAAAUCGUUAAACGCCUUCGUCUCUCUCAUCAGCAAUCCCUGCACAUCCGAUUCGACUCUUACUACCACUGCAGAAACCCUAAUUUCCCAUCUCCAAAGCCCUAAUUCCAACCACCAACAAAUUCUCUCACUCCUCUCCGCUCUAUCCGACCACCACCCCCGCCUACGCCGCGAAGUCGUCGCCGCCGUCAAGUACUUCAUCCUUCUCCCCUCAAUUACAAUUCCCGCCCUGUCGCACGCUCUUUCGCUUCUCGACCCCGCCGAUUCCGCCGCACUCGACCUCUUCUCCGACGAGUCGUUGUUUCUCACCCUCUGUUUCUAUGAGUGCGGGAAAAUUAGGAAAUGGCUGCUGAGGAAUGUGAGUAUAUUUCGCGUGAGGCCUUCGGUGUUGCUGACGAUUCUCCUAGGGUUUACUAUGGAUCCGUUUCCCUAUAUAAGGGAAGCUGCUUUGGAUGGGCUGGUGAUGAUUUUGAAUGACGGUGUUGUGGUGGAGGAUCGGAGUUUGGUUGGUGGUUGCUACUUUCGUGCUGCAGAGCUUCUGUUUGAUGCGGACAUCUCAGUGCGGCGGGCGGCUGUGAGCGCGGUCAGUGAAUGGGGGCAGUUGAAUGUUGCAUCCAAUCCAGAUGAAUAUAAAAGAGAUUUGUCUGAUGCCUUAUUUUUACAGCUUUGCGUGAUGGUAAGGGACAUGGAUGUUGAGAUAAGGGUUUCUGCUUUUGAUGCACUUGGAAAGAUUCCAACUGUUUCAGAGAAUAUCUUGCUUCAAACCUUAUCUAAGAAACCGUUGCUGUCAACCAAAGAAAAAAUUUACCCAGGCCAGUACACUGAGAAAUUAUCUAACAUUCCAGCAACUGCUGCUGCAUUUGCUUUUCUUCAUGGAUUGGGGGAUGAUUUUUUUCAGGUCAGAAGAUCUGCUUGCCGUGCUUUGCAAACUCUGAUGGUCCCAUCUGCUGAAUUUGCUUGUGGGACUGUAGACAUAUUGGUGUGUAUGCUGAGUGAUGCCUCAGUGGUGGUACGCUUACAAGCUUUGGAGACUCUGCAUUGUAUGGCUAGCCACGGCCAUCUAAAAGUAGCAGAGUAUCACCUUGACAUGUUCUUUAGCAUUUUAAUUGAUAAUGAUGCCUUGAUAAGAUCUGCGAUGAGGAAGACUCUCCAGUUUAUGAAGUUACAGAAGUUGGCAAUGUUUCGAUCUUGCAUUGAGAAUCUUAUAAAGAACUUGGAACUCUAUCCACAGGAUGAAGCCGAUACUUUUUAUGCUUUGUAUAGGAUUGGUUGUUCGCACAGAAAAUUCGUCAUCAAGAUCAUUCAAGAGGUUUCGCAAGAAUUGGAGCCUUCUUUAGAUGGCAAGUUGGGAUUUAACAAAGUGAAAUCAGCUGGAUUGUUUGUGCUGGCCAUCUCAGCUCCUGUUUCACUUGAACGGAAAACCAGCAGUGUCCCUCCACAAAUAUUUUCUUAUGCAGUUACACUCUUGGGUAGAAUAUGCCAUGGUCUUGUUGAUGUUGUGGAUGAGAACACCCUUUUAAGUUAUCUAUCUCAAUGCAGCAGAUUCACUUUCACAUCAACUUCUGAAAAUAUUGAGGGAGGGUUACUGGAUUUUGGUUUAAAGUACAAUCGUAUUCACUUACAUGAAAAGAGUAAUGAAGUUUCAUCUCCUUCCAAAACACAUGGACCUAGCGAAUUCACAAGUCCCCUUGAGUCACAUGUUAAAUCUGUGAGCUGUGUGAAAACUAUCUUCCAAAAAAUUGUUGAUUUGUGGCCACUGAUUCAACUCGGAUGCAUGAAUGAAGUAGCUCGAACAUUGAGGAGUUUGAAAGAGGAGACUAAACUUUUCACUCGUGACUCACACCGACCUGAAGGUGUCAUAGUUUUUGCUAUGAACUACAUACACGCAAUAAAAUUGCUUGGAAAUGCUUGGGCAUAUUCUUUAUCUAUGACAAAUCUCCAGUUGAAAGGGAUGGGAGCGUUGGAGUACCUGUUGGGUAAAAUGGAAAGGGGACUCACAGAAAUGCUUUACAGGUACGUUGGAAUGACCAGAAACGAAGAGUUACAUAUUCUAGAGCUAAUGUUGGUGACCUAUGCAAUUAGACUGGCUUGCGGAGAUACCUGCCAUUUUGAGGAAUAUAUGAGGAAACUGGAUUUUGUGCUUUGUAGCAUUGAAUAUCUUUAUAAAGAAGGUUCAUUUGAAAUUUCACGGUUUGUAACUGACCUCCAAAAUGUAUCGCGUGAAAUUGGUAACUCGGAGGACAAAGCCGUGGACAUGCCAUACUUGCUUCUGAAUUCACUUAACCUUUUCUCACUGCAGCAUAUAAUGCUAUCUGGAGAGCUGAAGCACCUUGAUGCGGAGGUGGAUGUUUGCGGUAAUGAUUUCCGAAAACCUCUCCCUUUUGUUCCAGGUUUACCUGUUGGUAUUCCAUUUGAGAUCACAUUACACAACAUUUCUAGUGAAAUCAAAUUGUGGCUUGCAAUUUCUGUUGGUGAAAGAUCAACUCAGUUUGUCUUUCUUGAUUUGAAUGAGUUUGGAGGAUCCGAUGAGAUAAGGAAAUUCAAAUUCGUUGCUCCCUUCUUUAGGACACACAGAGUGAAACACUUGGUAUUGAAAGUUUCUAUCGGCAUGGAAAGCUCGUCCGAGAACCGAAACUUGAAGCGCUACAAUGGGCCAAAACACGAACUCAUCUACCUUUCCAGAGACACAGAAGUUCAUCUUUCCAUGGUUGUUAGAUGAUGGGUGUCCUCUUCUUGUUGCCCGGGGGCACUUGCUUAGUCUAUGGUCGGCCACUAGGUGAUUGCCGUUGGUUGUAUGAAAAAAAUCAUAUUCACUUCUGUACUCGCUCGUUCACGCAUUGUACAAUGUGUGCUGAUCAAGUGGCAGAGUGAUUAUCCAGGCCAAAGGUCUAAAGUCCGAGAUCAUGUUGUCGUCAUAAAUUUACUACUAGCAUUUACCAAGCAGUAGAGUUGUCAUUGCAUGUUAGCUUAUUCUUUAAAUUGUAGUUGGAAAAACACAAAUAGUAUAAAUAUGAAAAUUGGAGUCAAUAUACCGAUUUCA